GUCGCCAAUCGUGAACAGGUCUGCAGUCGCAUUGCUACAUCGAUCGCAUCAUGGCGGACGGGUUCGACUACGACGUCGAUGACUACUACGACGAAGAUUGGCUGUACGUCGAGGACGAGUUCGAUCUGGCCGUAUGUGAUCAGCCUCGCUUUUGCGGAGAUGGAAAUCAUGUUGACACUUCUGGCCGAUGCAGGAUGAGCUUGCCGAAACGCAAAUCGCCGAACCAGGCUAUGCUGGCACGAAUUACGAGAUCAAUGUCGCCGGUUACGAAUUUGAGCUGUUCGAUUACUGGAACGACCUUGAAUAUGUGGAUAACGCCUACUGGGACGGUGUAUCUGUGCCGAGUCGUGAACUUGAUCCGCACGAGAAGAGAUUGUUCGGUUCCGCGCGCGGUAAGAAGCUUAGGGCCAAGGAUACCUCGGGCCUGUCCAGUCGCGGGUAUGAUCCCAUUUCCUUUCGCAGCCGCACGGAGCGAGACCAUUACGUCGCCAAGAAUCUCAAAACCAUCACAUCGCGCACACCUGUCUAUGCGCUCUUUCCAGACUGGAGAGUCCGGCUCACGAACGAGCCCGAGCGAAGACAACCUGGUUCCACAACAUUGCCUGUCCUGCCAGAAGUGGCUGACGCGGAGUCCGCUGAUGGCGCGGACUCGGAGAUGGAAUACGAGGAGGAGGAUGAGGAGGAGGACGAGACCGAUGGUGGUCUACAAAUAGACCCUGAGAUGCUCAAGGCUAUCUUGAAAGAUAAGCUUGGACAAGCAGGCCUUGACGGGCUCGACGAAGGCGCAUUCAUGGAGACGAUAAGCAAGCUCAUGUCAGGGGAUGACACUGCGGCUGAUGGCCUCGCUGACAGUCUCCUGGGAAAUCUGUCGAAUGAGUCCGGCGGUGGUGCAUUGUCGAGCUGGCUGACCGGACAAGGCGUGUCCCUCGAUGAUGGCGAAGAAGAAGAUUUGGAGGAAGAGAACAAUGUAUCGAGUGCAGAGAAGACAACGAAGCCGUCGCCAACGGUCGCGGAACAACAACGACAACAGAAGCACCCUGGGAAGCGCGCGUCAGAGGAUGAUGCAAGCGAUGACAUUCCCCUGAAAAGACCAAGAAGACCUGGGAGCGAUAAAGCGGUAACAUCCAAGCUAGACGCCGGAGUCGAUGCAACCCCUGCGACAGUGACGCCUCCUUCCGAUUUGACCAAAGGCCCCGCGAAUCGCAAAUCCUCGCGCAACCAAGCAAAGCGCAAAGGCUAGAUCGACUCGCGGCCGAAUUUUCAAAGAUAUCCUUGAAAUUGAACUGAAAUAACAAAAAGAUAAUA